AUGCACCAUGAGAUUCCGGAGAGUUUAUCAAAUCAGGGAUCUCCAUCUCCCUCAAACGUCCAGGUUCGGGUCAGUCCCACAGGGUCAAGUAAACGAAAAAGUCGUCCAGUUAAACGUAUAAUAUGUUCAGAAGAAGAAUCAGGAGGGUCCAGUUCAAUGCAGAUGACUUCAGAUGGAAACACGAGCGAAGCGCCGUCUCUCACAGCUGACAUCAAGUCUGAAGAUAUGAAUGCAGAUGUUGCAGCGCUUGUUGCCAAGAUGGUAGAAGAGGAAGAAAAACCGAGCAUCAAAACUGAGGACUCACCAUCAAUACCGGAAAUGGAACAAGCUGAAAUGAUGAGGCGGUUAGCGGAGAUGUUUGCUGCUGGUGCUGCCAACAGUCUCCCUGUAACACCUACUUCACCUCCUUCCUCAACAGCUACGUUACACUCCUUAUUAGCUGCUGCAGGCGUAUCACCUCCCGUUUCAAAUGGUUCACCUAUGGAAGCUGUUGCUGCCUCUCCUGCACAAGUUAUGGCUACAGAUCAUCUCACAUCGGAAGGAUUUCUUCAGGCCAUAUUAUCAUCAAAUAUGGCUCAUUUAGUAGGUAAUGCUGCAACUCCAGCUUCAACAACAACCAACUUCUCGUCAUUACUUUCAAAUUCUUCAUCUGUCAGUCCGGCGGAACCCUCUACUACACCCACAAAUUCUUCUGGACAAGGUUUAAAUAACAGAGGGCCUGUGAAAAGGAAACUUUUUGAGAAUAGUCGUGAUAUGCUUCAAAAGGCAGUAACAUCUAUCUCUAAUGAAGAAAGGAAAGAUAUGGGCGAUCUUGAAAAUUUCGCUCAAGUGUUUAAAAAACAACGCAUAAAAUUUGGGUUCACCCAAGGAGAUGUUGGUGUUGCUCUUGGAAGAAGGUAUGGUACUGAUUUUUCUCAAACUACGAUCUCACGCUUUGAGGCACUAAAUUUAUCAUUCAAAAAUAUGUGCAAACUAAGGCCUCUACUAAAGGAAUGGCUUUCUGAUGCUGAGAAAGCGAUCGCUAAUGGUGCUUCUUUAAACGAUCUUCUAGACAAACCCGGUGGACAGCGUCAAUUACAGAGUGACGAUGAUAGUAAUAUCAUGAGUUCGGGUACCAAUCGUGAACCAUAUGUCAAAAGACGAAGGAAGCGAACAAAUCUUGAUCUUUCACAGCGAACCACAUUGGAUGCCUGUUUCGCUGUAAAUCCUAGACCUGACCACGAACGUAUGACGGAAAUUGCUGGUUUAUUGGACUUAGAUCGAGACGUAGUACGAGUGUGGUUUUGCAAUCGUAGGCAGAAAAUGAGAAGGUCUGAUGAUCCUGAAGGUGGAGAUAAUAAUGUGCUGUUGAAUUCACUAAAAGCGUUGGCUCAGGUGAAAACUGAGGAUGGAGAUACCUCAGCUGCCCCCUUAUAG